AUGGGCAUUGAGAAAUUUAACCCCUUCAAGGAGGAUAGACAGAACUUCCCGGGCGUUGUCAUCCCGCUGGCUGAUGCCCCGGCUCGCCCGAAGCCCGCACUGACCGACGAUGAGAAGAAGGCCGCGGAUGCAAAUAAGCCCCUGGAGCGGGCUUCUUCGUCCGAGAAUGGCUCCUCUGGCGGUUCUGUAAAUGAACCUUCUCAUCGGACCAUCGAGUCUUUACGUGCGGAGGUUGAGUCUGAUGUUGCCGCAUCGGCACACGACUCUGUAUAUGAUCGCAAGGCGAAGGUUAUCAACAGUGCCCUCAUGGAUAUCGGCAUGGGCCGUUACCAGUGGCAACUGUUCUUCCUUUGCGGCUUUGGUUGGCUUGCAGACAACCUCUGGCUCCAGGGUGUUGCCCUUACUCUGACCCCUAUCUCUUAUGAGUUUGGGAUCUCGGAAUCCGAGGUCCGCUUCACCACCUGUGCUCUUUUCUUGGGUCUCUGCAUCGGCGCGUCAAGUUGGGGUAUUGCUUCUGAUAUUCUUGGUCGUCGCGUCGCCUUCAACACCACUCUGUUUUUGGCCGGCGCCUUUGGCUUGGCCGCAGGUGGUGCUCCCAACUGGAUUGGUGUCUCCGCCUUGUACGCUUGUUUGGGCCUUGGUGUCGGUGGUAACUUGCCUGUCGAUGGCGCUCUUUUCUUGGAGUUCCUGCCCAUGGCCUCUGGAAAUAUGCUGACCAUGCUGAGUGUGUGGUGGCCCAUUGGCCAGCUAAUUUCUAGUCUGCUUGCUUGGGCUUUCAUUCCAACUUUCAGUUGCGAGAGUGCAGAGAACUGCACCAAAGAGCAGAACAUGGGCUGGCGUUAUCUGGUCUUGACUCUGGGUGCUAUCACCUUUUGCAUGUUCAUCGCCCGCUUCUUCUUUUUCCAUCUCUACGAGUCGCCAAAGUUCCUGCUGUCCCGCGGCCGUCAGGACGAGGCUGUCGCUUCCGUCCACGGUAUCGCCUACAAGAACAAGACUAAGACUUGGCUGACUACUGAGAUCCUGAACGAGAUUGGUGGAUACCCCGAGACAAAGGAGGAAGAGAAGCUUGGUUUUAUUGACAUUAUCAAGCGCUUCUUUUCCAAGUUCUCUAUGGAGCGCAUCGGACCCCUGUUCAAUAACAAGCGCUUGGGAAUUACCACCGUCAUCCUCUGGUUCUGCUGGGCCACUAUUGGUAUGGGAUAUCCUCUAUUCAACGCUUUCCUGCCCCAGUACCUGGGCAGCUCCGGCGGCCAGACCAAUUCGGCCUACAUCACCUACCGCAACUAUGCCAUCACCUCCAUCGUCGGUGUCCCUGGCUCCCUUCUGGCUUGCUACACCGUGGAAAUCAAGUACAUCGGUCGUAAGGGAACUAUGGCUAUCGCUUCCCUGAUCACUGGAGUGUUAUUAUUCUGCUUUACUGCCUCUACCAACGCCAGCGUGCAGCUUGCUUGCACUUGCCUCGAAGCCUUUUUCCAAAACAUCAUGUACGGUGUUCUCUACGCCUACACGCCCGAGGUCUUCCCUGCGCCGAAUCGCGGUACUGGCACCGGUAUCUGCAGCUGCUUGAACCGUAUUGCUGGCCUAUGUGCUCCACUGGUCGCCAUCUACGCUUCAACUUCCAGUGCUGAUGCGCCCAUCUACGCAUCUGGAGCUCUGAUCUUGGCUGCAUUUGUAGCCAUGGUCUUCCUCCCCAUCGAGACUCGUGGAAAACAGACUCUGUAA